AUGGGACUAAUCGGAGCGACUUUCACUCCAGGGGGAAGUGAGGCUUCUCUCAGUAGCGCCCUUAGCUUUUCCUGUCAACUGAAUUGCUUUCUCGUUACAGUGAGUAGUGCUCAGCGUGGUGAGAUUGAAUUAUGGCUCACAUCUCCGUCCGGUACCGUAUCAAAACUGCUUAGUAAACGACCCAAGGAUAUAGAAGUUGCCGGAUUCCACGCAUGGCCGUUUAUGUCCGUGCACUACUGGGGCGAGUUAGCCAAUGGCACGUGGAAACUGACUGUGCACUCCGGUAAAGCGGUUGUUGGCAAGAGUCAGCCAUCCUACCCAGGUUAUCCGUUUUACUAUUACUCGAACGCGCCCGGUGCCUAUGGGUUCUGGCCCAUGUGGAAUCAAGACGGUCAAAAUACGGCCCAAUACCUUCCACCGUCUGUCUCGUCACAGAACAGCGCUGACAGUCACGUUCCAUCCCACUCUGCAGCAGCCGAACCGGGACCGCCGCCGCCGCCACCACCACCACCACCUAUCGCUUCUCGAUUGUACGCACAUCUAUUCCCGCCAAAUAUUCAUGGUGUCGAUGAGCACCAUUCAUCCAAUCCGGAUACAUCAGUUCGACACGGUUCUCUUGACGAUCCCCGACCACCGAAUCCAUUCAUUAGUGACACAAAUCCCCUGUUCGAUUUGGAUUUACCACCGAUUCUCGGUUCAGCUGGUGAGACUGUUGGUGACCAGCCCAACCCAACCGCUUUGGACGGUUCCGCCUCCUCAAUGAUCUCUUCUCGAUUGGACGGUAUGAGUAGAACCGGGUCAUUGCGUCCACCUGUGCCAUCUAUCUCAUUGCCUUCUGCCGCUACUACUACUGCCCGUAUUGCGAGAUUCUUCUCCGUCCACUGGCAGCCAACUUUGUUCAUCACUUUUUUGACCACUCUCACAAUCUAA